AUGUCAACGGGCAAACCCGAUAAGACCAAAGCUAGAUUGUCCGUGCCCUCUACUAGCGCCGCUAGAGUUUCGCCUAACCCCCCUGUGCCUAGAUCCAAGAAGGACUCGGCCCUUCGUGCAUCCAGCACAUCACCGAUCCCUGCACGGUCAGCUAGUGUUUCGCCCACUUCCGGUACCAAGCCUCUGAUCCUCGUGACCAAACCUCCGUCGGUUCCUUCGACCAAGGCUGCUUCCGUCCCAGUUCCUCGGCUGCCAAUUGUUACGCGUUCUCACAGCAAAAUGGCACACAAUGUGGUAGACUCGGCAUUGAAUAAGUUCAUCGCCGCGACUGACCGUGUCAGUCACUUUGCGUCGCGACUUAACAAUGCUUCUACUGACAGCGCGUCCCUGUACACGUGCCAGGUCCGGAGGGACCAGAUGCGUGCCUUGUGGGACAAGGUCGAGAAGGAGUACGAGGAUGAAAUGACUACAGACGAGUUGCCUACCAUUCAGGCAAAAUAUGAUUACUGCUAUAUUCUCUAUGAACAGUGGUCCGCUCAGCUAAGUGAGCAAAUAGCUGAUGCCUCCCAGGCCAUCACUCCACGUACACCCGUACAACCCCAAGCCGUGCCGUUCGUGUCCACAGGGUGUCGCCUACCUCCGUGCGACACCGAAGUUUUCGGAGGCGAUUACACUCGCUGGCCCACCUUCCGAGACUUAUUCACGGCUAUUUACAUCCGAAAUCCUAGACUGUCGGAAGUUGAGAAACUUUUCCAUCUCAACUCCAAGACCAGCGGUGAAGCCCAUGCCAUUGUGUCAAAGUCUCCUUUGACCAAUGAAGGGUUUCAGUCGGCGUGGUCCAGCUUGACUGAGCGUUUCGAGAACAAACGGUUGCUCGUGAACAGUCAGCUGCGUAUCCUUUUCAAUUUGCCCGCCAUUGGGCAAGAGUCGGGUGCAGCCAUUCAAGGGUUGCAGAGCACCAUCCAAGGGUGCUUGACGGCCUUAGAGCACUCAAAGAUCAACACGGAGAAUUGGGAUUGCAUCCUGGUUUUCCUGUGUUCUUCGAGGCUCCCCAAAUUGACCCUUUCUCUUUGGGAACAGUCCAUACAGAAUAAGAGCGACAUUCCAACGUGGGCUGACAUGAACGCUUUCCUUCUAGAGCGGUAUCGCACCCUAGAAGCGAUAGCGGAAGUGUCAGCCAGCACGAGCGCUCCGACGGUUCCACGGGCCUCACGCAAGGAGGCCCCCGUCGCCAAGCAGGUAAACUCCUUUGAGAGUCGGGUAGCUUCAAAAACCCAGUCCUGCAAGUUGUGUUCCCGGGAGAAUCACCCGAUUCGUUUGUGCCCUCGUUUCCUCCAGAUGGGUAUCAAUGAUAGGGUCAAUUAUAUAAAGCAACAGAAGCUGUGUCUAAAUUGUUUCGCACGAGGCCAUAUCCUGGCCGAGUGCACAAGUGCGCACAGCUGCUUUACUUGCAAGGGUCGUCAUCAUACACUCUUGCAUCGAGUGAGCCCGGCGCCGACAGUCACAACCCCCAUUCCAUCUCCAAUACAGUCCACUUCCACCCAGUCAGCUAACGUCCAAUCUUUUGUGGCAGUUAACACACAAGGUGUUCUGCUCAGCACAGCUGUCAUUCACGUAUGCCAUCUCGGCGUCCGUUAUACAGCUCGGGCUCUGAUCGACUCCGGAUCAGAAGCCACCUUCCUCUCAGAGAAGUUGUUCAAGCGCUUGAGGAUGCCGUAUACAUCCGUGCAAGCCCGCGUUUCUGGGCUGACGCAAGCUGUGGCAGCCCAGCCCCGAAAGUUUUGCCAAUUCUUAAUUGGCUCCCCGGUCAGACCCGAUUUGCAGAUCGAGGCGUCGGCGUACGUCCUCCCCCAGUUAGCGGGGAAUCUGCCCUCAUGUUCCGUCCCACAAACACUCCUCGAAAAUCUGCCCAGCAUCCAGCUGGCAGACCCCAAAUUCCAUGAGAGUUCGCAGAUUGAUGUGCUACUAGGCGCUGACAUCCUCCCGUCCAUUCUGCUCGGCGGCUCUCACCCUAACAUUUGUGGGACCCUCCUCGGUCAAGAGACCAUUUUCGGUUGGAUCCUGACUGGCCCUGUGUCGGGAUUCAUUUCGUCCUUUUCGGCUCGACUGUCCGUCGAGCGAACUCCGCCAUUGGAGGAACUCCUCUCCAAAUUUUGGGAGGUGGAGGACCUGCCGGCUAGCCCAGCAAAAGAAUCUGACCUUUUUUGUGAGGCUAACUUCAACGCCACGACCGUGCGAACCUCAACGGGUCGCUACAUGGUCACGCUCCCAUUCCGCGAUCCUGGUCACGUUGACCUGGGUCACUCGAGGGCUACCGCUCUCGCUCAGUUCCUGAGAAACGAGAGCCGUUUAAAGAGAAACGACUCUCUGAAGGAACAAUAUGACUCCGUUAUUCGAGAGUAUCUGGAUUUGGGUCACAUGACUCAAGUCCCCCCAUCCAGUUCCGGCAACUAUUAUUUGCCGCAUCACGCUGUUCUCAAGCCCGACAGCACCACCACAAAGCUUCGCGUUGUAUUCAACGCCUCCAGCCCGACUUCAAACGGGAAGAGUCUGAACGACAUCCUCCACACUGGGCCAAUACUUCAAUCCGACCUGACCAUUCAAAUCCUGAAAUGGAGGUUUUUCAAGUUCGUCUUCAACGCUGACAUCACCAAGAUGUAUCGGCAAAUCCUUGUGGAUCCCAAACACACCCGGUUUCAAAGGUUGCUCUUCCGUACUCCAGACGAGAAGUUAUGCGACUUUGAACUCAACACAGUCACCUUUGGAGUGAACUGUGCUCCGUACCUGGCUAUCCGCGUUCUGCAUCAGCUUGCGAGUGAUGUUCGCGACCGGUACCCCCUUGCUAGUGACAUCAUCGCCAAUUAUAUGUACGUUGAUGACGUCCUAGCAGGAGCUCACACUAAGCAGGCUGCGGUGUCUGCUAUAGAUGAGCUUCGAACAGCGCUCGAGAGUGCUGGGUUCCCUUUGCACUUCCUCGAGAUCGACGAAGCUAGUGUCGCAAAGACGCUAGGCAUUCGUUGGCGGGCCACGUCCGACGAGUUCUUUUUCGUCACCGCCGAGAUGGUGUCCAAACCAUCUUUCAGCAAGAGAGAAGUGCUGUCACAGAUCGCCAAGUUGUUCGAUCCUGCAGGUUGGCUUGCGCCCGUGGUCAUUUGGGCCAAGAUUUUUAUGCAAGAAAUCUGGAAGCAAGAAAUCGGCUGGGACGACUCCUUACCGGCGGAUCUCACAGAGCAGUGGACCAGUUUUCUGCGAAACUAUUCGUCCUUGCAGGACAUCCGCAUCCCUAGAUGGACCAACUACACUCCCGGCGCAAAAAUCCAAUUCCACGGGUUUUGCGACGCCUCUCAAAGCGCGUAUGGAGCCGCUCUUUACGCACGUGUGGAAACAGCUGGACAAGUGUCUGUGAGCCUUCUAGCAGCGAAGACUAGAGUUGCACCUAUCAAGACGGUCUCUCUACCUCGUCUUGAGCUGUGCGGGGCUCUCCUGUUGGCAGAAUUAUCCGCCGCCCUCCUACCACAUUUUCCCACCCCCGACGCUGAGACGUACCUGUGGACAGAUUCCACUAUCGUUCUGGCAUGGUUGGACAAGCAGCCAUGCAAGUGGACCACUUUCGUGGCGAACCGAGUGGCCAAGAUUCACUCGGUGAAUGGCACUUGGCAGCAUGUUCGUUCCGAACACAAUCCAGCCGAUCUGGCAAGCCGCGGUGUCUCGCCGCAAGAGCUACUGGCCAGUCGCCUUUGGUGGCAGGGGCCUGAAUGGCUGACGCACUCACCAGCGCAGUGGCCUUCACCAGUCAUUGGGCUCGAUACUGAAUUGGAGUGUCGAGCGGUGAAGGUCCAUGCAGCGCAAGUCCUAUGUGAGGACUUCCUCGACCGUUUCUCCAGGUUCAAUCGAGUGCUCCGAGUGUUUGCGUAUGUGCGAAGGUUUGCCCAGCGUUGCCGCCAACCCAAGGUCUCGUUUCCAGAGACGCUCAGCUCUCAAGAGCUUGCAGAAGCUCAAGAGAGGCUGAUUGUACAGGCUCAGAAUCGGGUAUACGCGAAAGAGUGUGCUUCCCUCCGGUCCCAUAAUCGUCUAAUCGGGUCAAGCGAUAUCCUAAGCUUGAAUCCGUUCCUUGACAAGCAAGGUGUCCUGCGUUCCUGUGGACGCGUAAGAGCAUCCACCUCCUUAUCCUACGACGAACGGCAUCCAAUAAUUCUCCCGUUCGGCUGCGUGUUUUCACGCCUCCUGGUUUCCUUCACGCAUCAAGUCUCCCUCCAUGGAGGCAACCAAUUGGUGAUGCGGCUGGUCCGAACCAAGUUCUGGAUUCCCAAGCUGAGGAACUUGGUGAAGACAGUAAUUAGUGCAUGCAAGACCUGCGUGAUUCAUCGCCGCAAGCUCCAGUCGCAGCUGAUGGGUGAUCUCCCAACCGCCCGGUCGACUUUUUCGCGACCUUUCACUAACUCCGGAGUAGACUUCGCCGGUCCCUUCGACGUCAAGAGCUACGUCGGACGGGGCUGCAAGAUUACGAAGGGUUACGUAUGUGUCUUCGUGUGCUUCAGCACGAAGGCAAUCCAUCUUGAGGCGACCACGGAUCUGACAGCGGAAAAGUUCUUGGAAGCUUUCUCCCGAUUCGUGGCACGGCGCGGGUGCCCUCUUCACAUGUACUCUGACAACGGGAAAACGUUCGUCGGAGCCUCCUCCAUUCUCUCCAAAGAAUUUGUGGAGAGCACCCGCAACCUGAUUGUCACCACUCACAGCCAUCAAGGUCUUGCAUGGCAUUUCAACCCACCUGGUGCCCCUCACAUGGGUGGUCUCUGGGAAGCAGGCGUCAAGAGUUUCAAGACGCAUUUCUACAAGACGGUUUCCUCCGUAAAACAUACAUUCGAGGAACUUUCCACCCUCCUUUCCAAAAUUGAAGCGUGUCUCAAUUCGCGGCCUUUGUCUCCUAUGUCAGAGGAUGUGAGCGACUUGGCGGCACUUACUCCCGGUCAUUUCCUGAUCGGGGGUCCGCUACUCUCCAUGGCGGAGCCAGAGUCCAGAGAGGAUGUGGAGUCCAUCCGCAACCGCUGGCAACGGCUCAAGGCUCUCCAUCAACAUUUCUGUGUGCGAUGGAAGAACGAAUAUUUGAAGGAAUUGCAUAAGCGGAAUAAGUGGCAGUCACCUUCACGCGAUCUCCAAAUCGGUGACAUGGUGGUCAUCAGAGAGGAGAAUAUACCACCACAAGAAUGGCGCCUCGGGCGUGUGUUGACCGCUUGCCCAGGUGCUGAUGAAAGGGUCCGUGUGGUAGACAUCCAGACGUGUCGUGGUGUUUUCCGCCGACCAGUUGCAAAGCUGGUUCUCCUUCCUACGGGACGCGCGCUCUGA